AUGAAGGCAUCUCUCAAAUUUCGAGAGGAUCAAAAGCCCCUUUUCAGGGCGAAGGUCCCUCUUAGUGUAUUGGGGCUUCCUUUCCAAUCCAGUAUCUCGGCCGGCGACUCCAAGGAGCUCUGCUUGAACCUUGGUACUUUGUUUGAACGGGGGCCCUCCUUCAGGAUCGCUUAUCGCCCCAACGAUUCAUGGAACCCCUUCAGUAUCGUCGUCAAGACCGGAAUUGGAAGCUUCGGUUCUCCUAUUUCUGCCCCCAUGACAAUGAGCGCCGAGUUUAAUCUGCUUGGCCAUGGUAAUCCGAGUUUCUACAUCCAGUUCAAGCCUCGGAUCGGCGACUUCUCAAUCAAGAAAUCCACUAGUUCGCACAUCUCUCUGUCGUCACAGCCUUCGGUUUUCGGCUCAAAAAUCAAGCCAAACGGGAUGAAUGUCGACUCCGAAGUGGAAGACUCGGGUUUGGGCGGGGAGGUACCGAUCGCGAACGGCACUUACAGGCCUGAAAAUGGCGUCUUUUUUCACAAGAAGAUAAAUGGUUUGUUACCGGAAACUCAUGCCACCAAUGCGAUCGACGGUCUGUUUUCGGGAUUAGAGUUUAGCGCAAGCACCGUCCUGCCGGUGAGAAAUCGAGCACUGCUGAAAUUCCGGUGGGGCCUCAAGUUCCCGCCGGAGCUCAGGGCUGCAUUCAUCGAGGACGGGAUCGCAAGCUUUACAGAUCGGAUUUCACUGCGCAAGUUUCCGUUCCUAGCUAUGAAAAAAAUCUCUAUCGAACACGUGGCGGAAGAUGAUCGAAAGAAUGCGACGAAGUGGGGUCCGGGUUCUCUCUUCCAGGCAAAUGCUGAUGUGACCGAAUCGUGCUUCACUAUAAAGCGUCAGCUCGAGGUGAUGCAGGCAGAGAAUCGCUCGUUAAGAAAGGCAAUCGAAGACCUGCUAUCGGAAGUCGGUGCCGGGAAGCAAGCCCCGGGUACUAGAAUCCAGGAAUCAUUGAAGUACAGAGAGACGGAGAGGAGUGGGAGCGGGAAAUCCUCGGGCGAUAGAAAUGAGCGACGGAAAGGGGAGAGAAAGAUACCGGAAUUUGGUGGUGGGUUCGUCACCGGCGAUAAAGGGUUGGAUGGGGAUAUCAAUGCAGAAUUGAAGAAUAUGGGUGGUGCAAUCUGA